AUGGCUAAUAGUCCAUACUUCAACACUGUCAACUCAAAAUCAUCCUUCAGGGCUCGUUUUUGUGCCGAAAACAGGAAAUUGUUUACCCAACUUCAUGAUGUUGGGGCCAGUGAUUGGGGACGUGAUCACUUAUUUGCUUGUCGUGUUGUCCGGCGGGAUGCUCAGCAUGGCAUUCUCCCGAUCCUGUCACCCUAUCAAUUUCCCUCAGACCUUCAAUCAUCCCCUGAGAUCGUGAAAUUUCUUAAUGGCCCAGAUGGUGUCCAGAUGACCCUAAGUGAGCACCGUCUCGUGCGGGAUCCAACUUGCGGCAUCUCUCUCGGCCAAGUAUGGGGGGCAUUGGCAAUGUUCAAAGGCAGCGAGGAGCGCCGUGGAAGGGACUCACUUAGAGUUUCCCCAGAGGAAAGUGACAAUGAAGCUGAGCCAUCUCCGAAGCGUCCCAGAAAGCGCAUUGAGCGCAUCGCGCAAAGAGGUUAUGUCGACUCAAGGGAGAUGCAGGUUGGAUCUAGCAGUCCAGCUGCUGAUGGUUCCCAAGGGACAUCUUCGGUGGAGUUCAUUGAUGCUGAAUCGCAUAGACUAUUGGCGUCCCCGGAGGAUGACACUUUACGGCUUAUAUCUUGCGUUAUUCGGCAUAUCUUAUACUUUGCAUCGCCUCAAAAUUCCGCAAAUAUGGCCACCGUUGUCGAAUUCAGAGACGCAAAAGCAAGGCUUUCUGCUCGCACUCCCAAGUUGAAGCGAAAAAUCAUAGCUAUCGACGAUGGAGGUCUAUGUUUACGAGAAGAAUCAAGAGGCAUAUUCAAAGUCCUUAAAAGCCGCGUGGCUAUUUUGGAAGCCAAAAGGCAAUUCCAGUGCCUAGAGAAUGGUCGGCCGACUAUUUCAGACAAUUGUUUCGCACAGAUGACUUGCGAGGCUUUGGUAGCCAGAUUAGCUGAUCCGUUUAAGGAGCUGCAAUUCAACAGGUACUGCUCGAAUUUCUUAAUCAUAUAUAAAUCGCCGCAACCGUGA